CCUCCCGCAGCAGCUCCCGGGCAUGGUGUGCUGCAGAGCCGCGGGUCAGGCGCCCGCAGCCUCCGCCGCUUCUCCUCCACACUGAAAUCCCCAGAAGAAUUAAAAAAAAAAAAGAGGGGAAAAAAAAAAAAAGGUUUUUGCACAGCUGCCGGGCAUUGGGAGCAUCUCCCGGGAUCGAGCAGGGAUAUCAGGCCAGGGAGUGAUGGAGCUGCGGCGCUGGAGGAUGCCCAGGGAGCAGCUCCCCGCUCUCCUCCUCCUCCUCCUGGCCGUGGCCUGGCUCUGGCUGCCGGCGGAGGGGCGGCGGCCCCCCCGGCCUCCCCCUUGCCCCCCGAGCUGCUCCUGCACCCGGGACACGGCUUUCUGCGUGGACUCCAAGGCCGUGCCCAAAAACCUGCCCCCCGAGGUCAUCUCGCUGACCAUGGUGAACGCGGCUUUCACGGAGAUCCGGGAGGCGGCCUUCGCCCACAUCCCCUCCCUGCAGUUCCUCCUCCUCAACUCCAACAAGUUCACGCUGAUCGGGGACAACGCCUUCGCGGGGCUCUCGCACCUGCAGUACCUGUUCAUUGAGAACAACGACAUCCAGGCACUCUCAAAGGCCACUUUCCGCGGGCUCAAGUCCCUGACACACCUCUCCUUGGCCAACAACAACCUGCAGACGCUGCCACGGGACCUCUUCAAGCCGCUGGACAUCCUGAGUGACCUGGACCUCCGUGGCAACUCGCUGGCCUGUGACUGCAAGAUCAAGUGGCUGGUGGAGUGGCUGGAGAGCACCAACACCACGGUCCCCGCCGUGUUCUGCAGCAGCCCCGGGCAGUUCGAGGGACAGCGGAUCCGGGACCUGGCGCUCGGUGACUUCCAGUGCAUCACCACAGAUUUCGUGAUGCACCAGGUCCUGCCCUUCCAGGCGGUGUCGGCCGAGCCCUUCACCUACGCCAGUGACCUGUACGUGGCCCUGGCCCAGCCCAGCGCCAGCAGCUGCUCCAUCCUCAAGUGGGACUACGUGGAGCGCAAACUCCGCGACUUCGACCGCAUCCCCGCUCACUCGGCAGUGCACUGCAAGCCCAUCGUGGCGCAGGAGCAGCUCUACGUGGUGGUGGCGCAGCUCUUUGGCGGCUCCUACAUCUACCGCUGGGACACGGCCGUGGACAAGUUCAUCAAGAUCCAGGACAUCGACAGCCAGAAGAUCCGCAAGCCCAACGACAUCGAGGCCUUCCAGAUCGAGGGCGACUGGUACUUCGUCAUCGCCGACAGCUCCAAGGCGGGCUCCACCAGCCUCUACCGCCUCAACCAGAACGGCUUCUACUCGCACCAAGCCCUGCACGCCUGGCACCGCGACACCGACGUGGAGUACGUGGAGAACGACGGCAAACCCCGGCUGAUCAUCUCCAGCAGCUCCCAGGCGCCCGUCAUCUACCAGUGGAGCCGGGCCCAGAAGCAGUUCGUGCCUCAGGGCGAGGUGGGCGAGAUGCUGGACGUGCAGAUGGUCAAGCACUUCAGGGCCAAGCGGGAGCAGUUCCUGUGCCUCAGCCGCUACAUCGGCGACUCCAAGGUGGUGCGCUGGGAAGGGCAGCGCUUCGUGGAGGUGCAGACGCUGCCGUCGCGUGGCUCCAUGGUGAUGCAGCCCUUCGCCGUGGGCCAGCGGCAGUACCUGGCGCUGGGCAGCGACUUCUCCUUCACCCACGUCUACCUGUGGGAGGAGGAGAAGCAGAAAUUCGCCAAGUUCCAGGAGCUGUCGGUGCAGGCGCCGCGGGCGUUCCGGGCCGUGCCGGCGGCCGACGUGCAGCUGCUGCUGGCGCCCAGCUUCAAGGCCAACACGCUGGUGUACCGGCACGUGGUGGUGGACCUCAGCCUGUAGCUGGCACCCCGAGAGCCACCGGACAUGCAUGAGCCCACCGCGCCUCGUCCCACCCCACGUGCCGGCCCUCCGCCUUCACCCAGCCCCACGGUGCCUCAGUUUCCCCACGGUGCUCCCGGGUUCACGCUGUGGGACGCCCCUUGCGCUGCAGAGCGUCACCCCUGGGGGGUGGAGAGGGUU